AUGAAAGAAGCUCGAUUAUUACGAUCUUUACGACAUCCAAAUGUUGGCGAAAUCUACGGCGUUGCUUUACAUUAUAGCCCAAUUAUACUCGUUCUUGAAUACUUCUCGAAAUCACUUCACACUCAUCUAAAACAAAAUGCUGGACGAACUACAGAAGAAGAAAGGCGUAGAUUUAUAACCGAAGCUGCUGCUGGAUUUGCAUAUUUAGCAGAAAACGGCUGCAUACACAGAGAUAUUUCAGCCAAAGUUUGCAAGCUAAAUGAUGAUUUGGUAAAUGAAAGAGCAUGCAGAAAAAGAGAAGAGAUUGACGAAAUCUUUCAGGAAUUGAAGAUCUCCGGUUUUUCGCUUUGCGAAAACACUAAAGAAAUGCAUGAGUCAAACAAUAUCCAAAUUGCUGUGAAAUGGCAGGCUCCAGAAGUGUUAAAAGGCGGAAAUUUUAGUCUAAAAUCAGAUGUUUGGUCAUUUGGCAUACUUAUGUGGGAAGUGUACAACGAUGGAGCUGAACCAUAUGCUGGAAUGACUCCUAGCGUUGUGAAGAGUAUGAUUUUAGAAGAUGAGUAUAGAAUGCCAGUACCUCAGGAAUGCCCAGAAGUCAUAGCAAAGAUCAUGUCAUCAUGCUGGGAAACAUAUCCACGAAAACGACCAUGUAUGCAAGCAAUCUAUCUAGUUGUAAGAGAUAACUAA